AUGCGCUCCUUCUUCGGCCUCGCUGUGCUGCUUGCCUCGCUCCACUAUGUUUGCGCUGGCCUGCCGAACAAAAUCUACGGCGUUAACAUUGGCGGGUGGUUGGUCCUAGAGCCGUGGAUGCUCCCUGCUGAAUGGCUGGAAAUGGGUGGAGAGAUCUGCUCCGAUUGUUCACAGUGUAUCGGCUCAGAGUAUGCGUACGUCAAGGCCUACCCUGACAGCGCCGACGAAGCAUUUGCGCAGCAUUGGUCUACUUGGUUUACGCAAAGCGAAGUGGCUACCCUAGCUUCCUACGGCAUCAAUACUGUUCGCAUUCCACUUGGGUAUUGGAUCGUUGAACAGCUCGUUGAUCGGGAAACUGAGUUUUACGCCCGUGGUGGAAUUAUGUACCUGCAACAAGGCUUGAAAUGGUUGCAAGACGCCGGCAUCCAAGUGAUCCUCGACCAUCAUGCGCUUCCAGGCGUACAAACUAGCGACCAGUCAUUCGCCGGAAACUGCACAUACAACGUCCAGUUCUAUACUGAAUACAACUACCACCGUGCGCUUGUGUGGACCGCAGUGAUGACAACGCUAUCACACCUGGACCCCAACUUUGGUUCUGUUUUAGCCAUCGAAGCCGUCAAUGAACCUAUCAUGGACGCAUCCGAAACUCCGGGCUACGGCACAUUCCAGCAAUACUUUGUGGACACCGUCCGCGCGGUGGAGCUCAUCCUCGGGAUCCCCGUGCCCGGCCUGGCGCUCGAUACGCCUGUCGGCACUACAAACAUGAGCGCGGCGCUCGUGCAGGUUGGGAACUCGAGCAGCAUGGUGUUCAACGAAGAGGUGAAGUCGGCGCUCGUGGAAGCCGCGCCAAUCCUCGCCGAGCUCGCUGUGCAGCUCUCCGUCCCGGCGAUAUUCGACUUCGCCUCGGCGUCAAAUCAGCGGGAAGCGCUAUGGACGACGUUCAUGGAUGUGAAUUGGCAGCGUGACGACCCUCCGAAUCCUGCGUAUGCUGCGAAGGGGCCUCAGGGAUACGACAACCAUUUGUACUACAACUUUGGGGGUGUGGCUGAUCCCAAUCCGACUGCAUACAUGGAAAGCAUCUGCAACCUCCAGCGCGUCCAGGCUGACGCGGCGCUCGGCGACAGCCCGCUCUGGUUCGGCGAGUGGGGCCUCCCGACGCAGUUCAACGCGACAGACCAGUUCUUGUACCAGUGGGCGGACGCACAAAAGCUGGCGUAUAGCGUGGGCAAGGGCUGGAUAUUCUGGAACUUCCAGGUGGAGAUCUCUGAGCUAGCCGGAAACCUCUCCAGGCAGUGGUCUUAUAUCGAAGGCGUGAAGCUUGGAUACUUUACGCAAGACCCUGCGGAGUACCAUAAUGCCAGUGUCUGCGCCCCAUAUAUAAGUGCUUCAUCUACGUGA